AUGACCUCCUUCUUGCUUGAUGUGCCCGUGGGGUACGCAAAGAACCCAGUGGAACCUCGCCACGAACCGUUCAGAAGCUCUCUCAACAGUCCAUGCCUCGAACCACCGUCAUACCUGAUCUUGGACGGUCUUCCGCAUGAAAUACGGUCUUUGGUGGCUGUAUACCUUAACCAGCACGAUGCCCUUAACUUGGCUUUGACUUGCAAAGAGUUGGCGGCGUCUUGUCUACCCAGACUCUACCAUACGGUGAUUGUGGAUGCUAACUAUACAGAGUUCAGCAAGGAGUACGACUUGUCUUCGACGUAUAUCAAGCUGCUGUAUAGCUUUAAAAAGCUUAUUCAGCGGUACCAGCACCAGUACCCGAUCCAUGUGCUUCUGGUGGUGAGUCUUCCUGAUUCCAUGAACAUCUACGAUAUCGAUAUAAAUGAGCAGCUUCUACGGUUCUUUCUGAAACUUAGGUGUUUGCGGUCGUUGUCGUGGCUUCUGGAUAACUUUAAGUUGGAGUACCUUAAACGGUUGCCGUGCCAGGCGCUGAUGGAACAACUUAAUUUGAAUAUCAAGUUUUCCAACUACUUGGGCGAAUUGACUUCAAAUUGUCCGCUCUUCAACUUCAUCAACCUUAGUCAUUUCCAUAUCCGCCCGUUUUAUAACCAGAACAGGCUUAUUAAAAUCAUCGACAGCUUGCUUGUGUGUGAUAAUGCAGCUGCUGUUGAACGGAACCUCAACAGUCUAAGACUUUCCAGGUUCGAUAAAGAUACCAACGCUGUUUUGCCGUCUCCACGAGAACUCGACGGUGUUUUAUGGGAAACAGCAGCCAGAGAAGGUCUCUACGUGCCGCAUCCUCGAGAAUACGAACUAGGUACUCUCCAGGCUGUAUUCAGAAGAAGCAAAUUGCAGCAUGUCAAGCUCACACUCACAGAACUAUGUUUAAACGAUUUUCUUGUUUGUGAACGAGACGCAAAGCUUUUGGCCAAUGCCACUGACCUUACACGGUUACAGAGGCUCGAACUAAGAAACGUUUCUGAAUAUGGCCAGUCUACCAUUGAAGAAACCCUGCCUGGGUUCCUCGGAACGCUAGCGCCGCUUCUAAAUGGCCUCAUGUACUUGAAUCUCGACUACAGAGAAACCAGGCGUGAUUCUGUGCCUCUAGUGCUUGGCAGCUGUCCAAACCUAGUUGAACUAGAUUUGGUGAUUCGAAUGAACGAAAUCAAGUCCCAGCAUGUGGACCCAGACCUGCUUUACCAGGACUACUCCACCAAGCUUCUGGAGCAAACGAAACUUACUAAGCUUCUGCUUGAAUUACGAGAAGAGACGUCUUUCUGUGACGUUGCAUUAGCCACACCUACUACGCUUAUCCACGGCAUCCAGAAAUUGCGCCAGCUUCUAGCGCUACGCUUAAACCCUAGUGAUACUAGUCGUGGCAUGGAAGAGUUCCUAGCGCUUCUUGGAAGGUUACAGAAACUUGAAAUAUUGGAUGUUUUUGGGACCAGAGCAGGUGGUGCUCCACACAUGGCGCUAGGAGCCGUGCAUCCGAACGUCUACGAUGAAUGGUUCAAGGUCCAGCAUGUGGCGUUUUUGUACGGCGAAACACAGAAGCUGUUACGGUAUGUGAGGAUUAAUAAGUGUAUUUUUGAGUACACUGGGAGUGUGGAGCCAAGAGACGAGAUAGACCGGUGGUUUGAGGGAAGGGUCAGGGUGGGGGACUAA